AUGAUUAAAAAAUUCGUCCAUGACGAAGUGAUACCUGUUGCCGGCAAAUAUGAUAAAACUGGUGAAUUUCCGUGGGAAAUUAUAAAAAAGGCACAUGCAAACGGUAUCGCCAAUGUUCAGAUACCCACCAAAUACGGUGGCCUCGGGUUGGAUUUGAUAUCAGAUACGCUGAUAGCCGAGGAACUAGGUUACGGAUGCACGGCAGUUGGUACGAUAUUGUUAGCGAGUGAUCUUGCUGAAACACCCCUCAUAAUCGCUGGUAGUGAUGAGAUUCAAAAGAAGUAUCUGAGUCGUAUGAUCGAUGAACCACUCGUCGCUUCAUACUGUGUGACCGAACCUGGCGCUGGAUCAGAUGUGUCAGCGACAAGGACGAAAAGUGAGAAGAAGGGUGAUGAAUAUAUCAUAAACGGUACCAAGAUGUGGAUCACGAACGGCGGUUAUGCGGAUUGGUUCUUUGUACUAACAAGAAGUGAUCCCGACCCGAAAGCCUCGGCUGGUAAAGCAUUCACUGCAUUCGUCGUUGAUGGCGAUGCACCUGGACUGAGCAGAGGAAAAAAGGAACUAAAUAUGGGUCAACGUGCAUCCGACACACGUGCCAUAACAUUCGAAGAUGUUCGAGUACCAGCCAAAAAUAUGAUCGGUGCUCCCGGAGAAGGCUUCAAAAUUGCGAUGAAAACGUUUGACAAAACGAGGCCUAUGGUUGCGGGAUUAGCAACUGGCUUGGCAGCUCGAUGUCUCGAUGAGGCUACUAAAUAUGCACUUGAGAGGAAGACUUUCGGUCAGCCGAUAGCACAUCACCAGGCUGUAUCGUUCAUGCUAGCUGAUAUGGCAAUGAACCUGGAGUUAUCGCGACUUAUAACCUAUCGUAGUGCAUGGGAGGUUGUUAGAGGUGCCACAACUUCGUACUAUUCAUCGAUGGCGAAGUGCUUCGCUGCUGAUACAGCUAAUCUUGCCGCUACAAAUGCUGUACAAAUAUUUGGGGGAAAUGGUUUCAAUAGUGAAUAUCCAGUCGAGAAGUUGAUGCGUGAUGCAAAAAUUUUCCAAAUUUACGAGGGAACCAGUCAAAUACAACGUUUAUGUGAUGGUCUGAAAGAGUUGCGAAAGAAAGCACGGAAAUUCUGCCGAGAAGAAGUUAUGCCAAAGGCUGCUUAUCAUGACGAAACUGGCGAAUUUCCGUGGGAUAUUGUCAAGAAAGCGCAUGCAGAGGGACUUAUGAAUCCUGGUAUAACGAAGGAAUACGGUAGUGUUUGCUGGAUUGAUUCAGUUUCCUUGGAGAUACCAUUCAGCUUAUGUGGUUCUGAGCUGGGACCGCUAGGGGGCACGUUAAUUGAUGAAGAAUUUGGAUAUGGAUGUACCGGCAUUGGAAAUAUAUUUAUGAGCAACGAUCUUGCUAUAUCAACGCUGAAAAUCGCUGGAAAUGAAAAAAUUAGAAAGAACUAUCUGGGCAGAAUGACUCAGGAAGCAAUCCUUGGCGCGUUUGCGGUCUUUGAACCGCAGGCAGGCUCAGAUUUAACGAGAAUAGAAACGAUAUGUGAGAAGAGUGGAGAUGAAUGGGUAAUCAACGGUUCGAAGAUGUGGGUCUCAAACGGUGAUCAUGCAAAUUGGUAUUUCGUUCUUUGCCGUAGUGAUGCCAGCCCAACAGCACCACCAACGAAAGCGUUUACUGCAUUCGUCAUUGAUGCAGAUGCGAGCGGAAUAACGAAAGGAAAGAGGCAAAUGAAUUUGGGACAGCAUGCAUCCGAUAUUCGUGGUAUUACGUUUGAAAAUGUUCGUGUUUCGGAUGAUAAUGUCGUUGGUCCGCAAGGAGAAGGUUUCGUCGUUGCGAUGAGGGCGCUUGAUAGAAUCAGGUAG